AGUUCCAGUCUUCGGUUGAGAGUUUUGGAGGAGACGCGGCGGGCGGUUGCACCCACUCACAACCAGCCGGUGGAAGAUGACUUGAGCAGCGGACGUCAGGGCAGUUUUACUCCCGCUCUAACUUUUGUCGGACUGAUAGACAGAAAGACUCGACACGCUCACAUGGGAAACGUUAUUUUACAGCAGCUCCGAGUUAGCCAGCUGCUGAGUUGUGUGGAAAAUCUCCGUUAAAGGCAUCAUGGCAAACGUUAAAGUUGCCAUUCGGGUCCGUCCCCUCAACGAAAGGGAGGGUGUGGAUGGAGGAAGGCUAGCUGUUCAGGUGGAGGAUAAGUUUGUGAGGAUCCGAAAUGUGAAGCUGGAUGGACGUGCCGACGGUGCUGUAGAUUCCAGGGAGAAGCUUCUGGAGUUUUGUUUUGACUACUGCUACUGGUCGGUGGACCCUGCAGACCCUCACUAUGCCUCACAGGAGGAGGUGUUCCAGGACCUGGGUGUGUUGGUGCUGUCCGGAGCUUCUGAGGGUUACAAUGUGUGUCUGUUUGCUUACGGCCAAACAGGAUCUGGAAAGACAUACACCAUGAUGGGCACACCGGACUCCAUUGGCUUGACCCCUCGCAUCUGUCAGGGUCUCUUUAGGUCUGAAGACACUUUUCCUGAUGGACAAAAUUCAAGCAGAGUUGAGAUCAGCUUCCUGGAAAUCUAUAAUGAGCGUGUGAGAGACUUGCUGCGAGGAGGAGAGCAGAAGAAGAGAGCCUCACUGAGAGUUAGAGAACAUCCUGAGAAAGGACCAUAUGUACAAGACCUGUCACAGCAUGUGGUCACAGACUACAAGCAGGCCAUGGAGCUUUUGGAAGAGGGCAUUGCCAACCGAAUCACAGCAGCAACCCACAACCACGAUGCCAGCAGCAGGUCCCAUGCCAUCUUCACUAUCCAGUACACACAGGCAAUCCUAGAAAAUAACCUUCCUUCAGAAACUGUUAGCAAGAUUAACCUGGUGGACUUGGCUGGGAGUGAGAGAGCAGACCCGCACUACUGCAGAGACAGACUGACGGAGGGCUCAAACAUCAACAAGUCGCUGGUCACUUUGGGCAUUGUCAUUUCUGCCCUUGCCCAGAACUCCCAGAUGUCCAGCAGCUGCCAGAGUAUCAACAGCAUGGCUUCAGAGGGUGACGGCAGCACAGUGGGAAGCCACAGCAGCUCCUUGUCUGGAGGAGGAGGAGGAAGGACGAGGCACUGCUUUAUCCCCUACAGAGACUCAGUCCUAACCUGGCUGCUGAAAGACAGCCUGGGCGGCAACUCAAAGACCAUUAUGAUUGCAACUGUCUCGCCCUCCGCUAACAGUUACAAUGAGACCCUCAGCACGCUACGCUAUGCUGCCCAUGCCAGAAAUAUUGUCAACAAGCCCCGGGUUAAUGAGGAUGCCAAUGUUCGGCUGAUCAGGGAGCUGAGAGAGGAGAUUGACAGACUGAAGAGCAUGCUGCUCAGCUUUGAAAUGCAGCGCAAUCCCAGUCCAUCCCUGAGUGAUGAGAGGGAUGGAAAUCUCUCUGACAUGGUGCUACAGAACGAACUAAAGGUGGAGCAGCUGACGAAGGACUGGUCAGAGAGCUGGAGAGACAAGAAGGAACUGCUGGAGCAGUACAGUGUGGACAUCAACAGGGAGCGGGCCGGCUUCCUCAUCAACUCUCUCCAACCACACCUGGUUACGCUUGAUAGAGACGUCCUCAGCACUGGGGUUGUCUUCUAUCACCUCAGGGAAGGAGUCACCCACAUUGGACCUCAGGACCAGCUUGAAGAGCCACAAAUAGUUCUGCAGGGCAGUGCCAGCUGUGAGAUUGAAAACCGCGGAGGUGUGGUAACGCUCAGACCGCUGCCGGGCUGCUCCUGCCUGCUCAACGACAGGGAGGUCACUGAACCCUGCAGACUGGCUCAAGGGAUGGUGAUCACCUUGGGAGGAGUGCAUAAGUUCCGCUUCAACCAUCCGGCAGAGGCAGCCGUCCUCAGGGAACGCAGACGGGCUAGUGAAGGUGGCAUGACCUGCACCUACAUUGACCUUUGCCCCUUGACCCCUGAUGACAGUGUUAAAGACACAAAGCUUCAAGGGCAGCUGGGUGCCAGCCUCUCUCCUAGUGAGGAGACUAAUGCGAGACAGCGUGUAGAGGAGCAGCAGUGCUACGUGGAGAGUUUGCGGCAGGAGAUCCAGGCUGCACAGAGACGGGCUGAGAGGGAGCUGGAGAGGGAGCAGGCCCUCCUUCGACAGCAGCACACUGAGAUCCAGCAGUGGAUUUUGCAGGAGAAACAACGCCUAACAACUGUAGAGCAGAGAGUCACCCAAGAGUCUGGAGUUCAAACAGAUAUUAUCCCUGCAUCCCUCCUGGAGCGGCUAAUAACUCAGGAAGAUCUGACAGCAGAUCGCCCCUGCCAGGUGGUAAGAGCCAAGAAGAAGGCAGUGCAGGAGGAGCUACUAAAACACCACGCCCUUUGCCGUGCUGAAAGCCGCAUCCGUCGCAAAAGGCUGCACUACCAGCUGGAGAGAAUCGCCCGCAAGCGGCGUCUGUUGGAGGCUAAGAGGGAAUUGCAGCAGCUGGAAAAGGCCCUGCCUCCAUCACCAGACAGCCCUGAGUCUCCAGAGCAGGGAUCCCCUGUAAAGCUUAGUGGGCGACCGUUUGUUUCUCGCAGACACUCAUUCUCAGCAGAUCUUCUGUCCCGGCUCUAUCCACAGCACACCCCUAUCUUCAGACAUUUCUUGAAGCGAAACCGAUCCACAGAACUGACUUCGAAUUCCUCCACAACAUCUGAUUCUGUUGGUACCAGGAAGUGGGUUUCAGAUGAAUGUCUCCCCCGGGAAAGGACUCAAAGUUGUUCCGGGACUUCCUUCUCAGGACAAAGUCAAUCCUGCGGGAGUGGAAUUAGCUCAUCUGAAAACAUCAGACAGACUUCCAGAGAGGAACCACGAGCUCCGUCCUGUCGGGAACGGCCUGAAAGGAAACCUUUGCUGCCAAACCGGGAUCUGACUUUUAAAAACAGAUCAGAUCAGAACUCGACAGUUGCUCUGAAGUCACCACUUGGAACUAUUGUGCAGCCAGUCAGCAAAGAAAAUACACAAGGAUGCACAACAAACAAACCCAGUUCUGAAACUGUCUCUUGUAUGACUGUGAGAACUCCAUCCCAUGCAGGUAACAACAGACUAGAAACAAAAUUUUUCUCUUGUUCUGUGGGGCCCAGGCUCAAAACAGCUCUGUCCAAAGUGUUCAGAAAACCACCGUCAGGUGCGAAUGGGGGACGGGGCCCCAAACCUUUGGGUAGGAUAGCAAGCAAAUUUCACUGGAGACAAAAAAGAGAAAGGAACCUAAAAGACACCAAUAUGAGCAGAAGCAAAUGUGCCCUUAAAACAGCUGUCUCAUGUGAGGAGCUUGACCAAAGGACUCUUUUUGAGGACAUUAGACAGAGGCGGUGGCAUAGUACAGAGGCUCUGAUGAAAAAGACGAGCAAAUGGGUUGAGAAGCAGCAGGAAUUGGUUGGAUGGGAGGAAGAGCAAGAAGAAAGGGAUGAGGGAACAUCAGACUGUGAGAGCCUUUUCUCUCUUGAUUCUUUGUCCUCUGCUUAUGCGACAGCUCUAGCAGAGCAGCUGAAACAUGAAGAAGCAGCCCAGAGUGAAGCUGAGAGCGAAGACAGUCAGAUGUCUAAAGACUCCUUGGCUGUGGAGAGCAGUUGGAAAUUUUCUACAGUGGAGAGACUUAGCCGAACAGUGGUGCCUACUUACUCACUAGUGACAGAUUGUCCUCAUGCAUCCAUUAGGCUCAAAGGCACUGCAGAGAGCAGUUUAGACUGGGGCAGCUGUCAGAAAUCCCAGGUAGUCCCAGCAGAGGCAUACUGGAACCAGCAAGGUUCCCCAAAAUUGAGACAUAAAGGGGAGUUUAUUACAACAAGGAAUUCUCUGUGCCAGAGCCCACCAGUAGCAGAUUUCAGAGGCAAAGACACUGUGCAUAAAUUGACUGAGGACUUUGGGAACAUGCAGACCACAUCGACCAGCAGCCCACGCUCGCUGAGCAGUUGCAGUGUGAGGGAGCCAGAAAACUUGCUGGCGCUCACCGAUGCUUGGUCCUCCACCGAUGCAGCAGACAGUCCCAGGAUUCACAGGGAUUCCCUGCCUUUACAAAGAAAAAUUAUGUUCAGACAUGUUGAGAGCAGCAGCACUAGUUCUAGUCCAACCAGUUUGAACCUGUCAGACUCUCAGAGUGGAUAUAGAAGCUAUAGCUCAACUUCCACCAGCACUGAUGGUGUAAAUGUAACGGUUCAGGAACGCAGGCUUAUGGUUUCAGGGGAGUCUCAGAUUCUAACAACACCAGAAGACGCCUUGAUAUCAUGGAAUCAGAAAGAUGCGGAGCAAUUAGAGCAACAGUCAGUAAAUGUGGAAAAGACCGUUACAGACUCUCCAGACUACAGCAGCAACAGGAGUUCAGCAUCUUUACCCACCUCAGAUCAGACCACUUCUGUGUCACACACUGGGAUUCCCCACACGGCACAAGCAACAUCAAACUUGCUUCAGGUGUUUACAGAUGUAUCUGAUACAGUAGCUGGCGAUGUCGCUAUGCCCUUGGACACUGAAAUGUGCACCUCAGGUUGUCAAUCAAAAAUGCAUUUCUCUACAAAUCCCUCUAACCAAGGCCAGGUUCUGAACAUGAUGUCUGAAGCUUUGAGUGCCUUCAAACCGUCCUCUGAAGAUGAAGUACUAUGCAAUCUAGAUGGAACUGAAAAUUUUAAAGAUGUACAGCAGUAUGAGUUUGAAAAUACCAAAGAUUUAUCACUUACAAUGGAUGAAACCAAAGGCACUGAUCAGUGCAUUGCACUACAGCAGGAGCUUGUUAAACCAGCUUGUAAAAAUUCCAGGAAGAGGAACAAAGACCAACAGGAUGCUUUCAUUGGCAGCCUGAAAAUUCCAAAAAGGAGCAACAGCAGGGAGUUGGUAACUUUCUGCUCGACACCAGUUGGCAGCCAGGCAGAUAAUUGGCCUGAUGACAAUAACAACACCACUGACUCUAAAGGGGAGCAGUCUGCCGUGGAAAUUGACUGCCAUGGAUUUGAUUGUGUUAGUGCUGAUGGCAGUGUGGCACAAGACAUAAUGGCUUCAGUGGCUUUGCCAGUUUCUGGUCCCAAAAGCAGGAAACUUGGACAGGUCUUUGAGAGUAAAUGUGGGCUCAAAAGUGGUGACAAAAGUUCUCAGAGUGGUACCUCUGUGGGAGGCAGAGAGGUAGUUGAAAAGGUAAAUGUAACAAUAAAGGAAGUAGUUGUAGAAACAAAAGGGGCAGAAUUCCAAACUGAUAAGCCCAGAAAACAUCAAGAAAAUAGAAAACACAUAUGCAAGUCUGAUGCUAUUUGUAGUGCCAUUGACCUGAGAAUCUCAGAAAUGGUGAAAGAGCAUGCAAGAUUGUCAUUGAUUGGAAGCGAUGGUGACAGGACAUGCAGGAGUCAAAGCUUGAAUGCCUUAGCAUCAUCUGCAUUCCAUUUUGGCUGUAAUAGUGAUGAACGUACAUUGAAAGAAAAACAGCUCAGAGAUGAAAGGAAAAAUCAGGGGACAGAGGGGACAGACCUCGGUGGAAAUGCUUCAGUGGAAAGGACAAACAACGCUACACUGGACAAAAGUGAGCGCCUGGCAUCAGAUAUGCCAGCUGAAAUGGGGACUAGCCACAACAGAAACAUGCUUAAAUCUAUUGAAGUAACACAAAAGAUUGACCAUGCUCACGACUCUUUUGAUGGGACAGCAGACAAAUCAAUAAAUGGUUGCUGUGCUGUUCAAAACACCUCCACCAAAUGCAGCAACAUCCAAUCAAAUUUGACACUUAAUAGCAGUGGAGAGUCUGAGCACUCUGGAAACACCAUUUUGCAACCGGUUAGUUUUUCUUCAAAAAGCGAUUCAGCGUCAGCAAGAAAACAUGUUGACUGUCAAAGAAAUACUGUGGAGGAAGAUGCUGUAUCUCAAGAAAUGAAUGAUGUUGGUAAACCAAAAGUAACUAUCCAUCUUAAUACGAUAAGUGAUGUGCACUUGAAAAUAGUGGAUAACCAGACCGGUUCUAACACCCAUAAUGUGGAUCUAGAUAACCCACAACUUCACCAAAUACACAGUGAAACACCCACCUCAACUGGUGAUAUGAAAGUUAACUGUGGAUGUAGCCAUGUAGAGGCUGUCAGUUUGGGAGCUGCAUCCAGUGGUGAAGAUAAAGACCAUUAUUCAUACAAACAAAGCUCAUCGGAGUCAAUUGAACAACAUCUCAAUUAUAGCCCUGAUGGAGGAAGUCUUCAAUUCAAACCACUCAAUCGUGACAUUGACCAGAAUACAUUCUCUGAUGAGAGUGCCUCUAUCAAAGGGUUUGCUGUUCCUCCUGGCCAUGGUGGAAAUGAUGACACAGAGACCACAACAGGAGGCAAACUGCCUGUUGCAGCACAGGAUCAGUCUAGCUUUACACAAACCCAUUCAGAGACUUUAGCUCAGACUUGUGUGGUCAAUAUGAAUUACAACAAGUGCCACAAUUUAUCAAAUCCACAGAGCAAAUUGGAUAAACACACUCAAGUUGACAGAAAAGGAAACUGUGUGAUGAAAAAUGAUGAGGAAACAUUGACCCACCAAUCUGAAGCUCUGGCUCCAGAGUUCUUGGCAGAAGUAAAUUAUGAAACAAGUAUUUCUGGUUUCACACAGCCUCCCCACAAAAUACCACAAGGAAAUAGUGUCAGACAAACAAGUUACCAUGGAUCCCUCAUGUCCAGAGAGGGCGAUAUAAACACAUCUGGUGAUGCACAAAGCUAAUUCUGCUGUUUUGUUUAAAAAGGCAAAGUCUAAGAGAUUCAGAAGGUCAGAGAUCCAGACUCAUCCCACCUCUUCCUCUGAGUCCUCUCUUAAGUCAUCAGAUGAGGAUGAGGAAGAUGAUAAAACCACCAGAGUGCAUCAUAUCCGGCUCUCGUCUAAAUGGGUAAAGCUAGCCACACAGAGUAAUGCUAAGCAGGAAA